AUGAUGGACAGUAGGAUACUAGAGCACCCUCGCGCCCAGUAUGGAAGCUCUCUCGGCGGGAUGGUGGGCUUUCCGUACCAUUUGAGCCAUCAUCAUGCAUACGAAUUAGCCGGACACCAACUUCAAUCUGCAGCCGCGGUUCCUUUCUCCAUAGACGGAUUACUGAAUGGUUCCUGCGCAGCUUCUGUGGUUAAUUCAAAUCCUCUCCUCUCGUCUGGCUGCAGUAUGAAUGGAGAUAACCAGCACUACAAACUGACAGAUUCGGCAGACCAAGACAAAGAUAGCCCAGGUUGUAAGAGGAGAAGAACUCGUACAAAUUUCACUGGGUGGCAACUGGAGGAAUUAGAAAAGGCUUUUACAGAGAGCCACUAUCCGGAUGUUUUUAUGCGGGAGGCGCUUGCAUUAAGACUGGAUUUGAUAGAGUCCAGAGUCCAGGUUUGGUUCCAAAACCGCAGGGCUAAAUGGAGGAAAAAAGAGAAUACAAAGAAAGGACCCGGGCGGCCGGCUCACAACUCCCACCCAACGUCAUGCAGCGGAGAGCCCAUGGACCCUGAAGAAAUUGCCCGGAGAGAACUUGAGAGGAUGGAUAAAAAGAGAAGGAAGCAGGAACGGAAGCUUCUGAGAUCACAGAACAAGCUCGUUUCGGGUGAUUUAUUCCAUACUCCGGGAUCAGACAGUGACAGUGGAGUUUCACAAACGGAUAGCGAGCAGCCACAAAGUGUCUUUGGUUCGCAUUCACAAUCAGCGGACCGAAACCCAACCGAAUCAAGCUGUGACCAAACACGACAAAAAACGAAUAGCCAAAGACACGUGGGACAGGACGCUAACAUAUCAGAACUGGACCCCAUCGACUGCAGUCACAACUUGUGCCCCAACGGCAGAACGUCAAAUCUUCAGAAAUUGAACCCAUUCAGUGUAGAAAGCCUUCUAUCGGACUCAACUCCACGGCGCAAACCCAAUUUGGAUUUUCCAACUUUACCUGUCCCACGGCCUUUGAUAGGAAAAGGACAUUUCUUACUGUAUCCCAUCACUCAACCGCUUGGUUUCAUUGUACCACAGACUGCAUUAAAGACAGGGCCAGGACCAGAUACGCUUAACAUGCGCUAUCAUUCCGCUAAAAUAGGGGGCCGCUUUACCUUUAAUGGCGUCGUUGUUAGACCAGCGAUAGCGGACUGUGUCGGGGCUGUCGGCGGGUAUCAGGACGCCAGCCCGGUCCCCCGCGCCGGGAGCCCGCCGGGAGACCGCCGGCGGCCUAUCGCGGUGCUCCCGCCCCCCCCACCCCCCCACGCCCCCACGCCGCCGGUGCCAACGCCGUUUCCGACGGUUUACGGAGGCAGCCUGCUGGAAAAUUGA